AUGGCCGCUGCUCGUCUCGCCCGCCUUCCUCGAUUCACGCUCUACUCCGGCCCAAACUGCUCGCUCUGUGACGUUGCCAAAAUCGAACUUGCCAAGGUUCGACAGCAGCGCCCGUUCAACCUCGAGGUUGUGAACAUUCAGGACCCUGGUCAGGAACGCUGGAAGAAGAAAUAUGUGUGGUGGAUUCCUGCGCUACAUCUCGAGGGGAAGGAGGUCGCCAAGGGACGAUGGGAUGCACAGGCGCCCGUCCUGCGCGACGAAGGCGGACAAGGACUCGAGCUCGGACUAAGCUCGUGCUUUAUCGACACAGAACCGAGUCAAGGCCACGAAGUCACAGAUGUACUCUACAUCCCACAAUCCAUCACGCUCGGCGAAACAGACUCUACCCCUUCCCACCAGCUGGAAGCUGGUGUCGGCGCAAGACGCUGCUUCAACUGCGGAAAGCCCGAACAUACUCUUGCUUCGUGUCUGGUUCCCCGCAAUGAUGCCUUGAUUUCACUUUCUCGACAACUGUUCGACUUCUUUCGUGCCCGCGAACGCGGCGCGUCCGACGGGCCUUCGGACCUGCACGAUCUGCAAGCGAGGUUAGACUGGCAGAUGCGGAGAUUAGAUUGGCUUGAACGAUUCUGCCCGGGCCACGUCCGCGGGCACGAUUUACGGGAUGCACUAGGCUUGGAUCCACACGAACGCGGGGCUGAUGAACACGGUCCUGUAGACUCGAGCUCGGACGAUGCGUAUGCCAUGCCGUGGUUGAGCAAUAUGGCGAUCUGGGGCUAUCCGAAGGGCUGGGCUUCCGCUACUGACCCGCGGGAGACGGUUCGCCGUAGGAUUCUCGAGGAAAGUGUGGAUGACGGUGUGGACGAUGAAGAUGAAGAUGGAGUAUAUCUGUGGGUCUUCGGUGAAGACGAAGCCGAACGUGUACUACUUCAUAACGUCACCACGAUCGACGAAGAGAAGGAAUGUCCCAGCCCCGAAGAUGGGCACAAUACCCCAACACCUGGUUUUCGUCCGAUCUUUUUACCUAUCUACUCCGGGUCUGCCCUCCCUCCUGUUCCGGAGGAGAGUCCUGUCCCCAGGCCACAUGACGGUUGGCGCUUCCCUGGCAUGCUGAGCCUGCACGAGAUGCUAGUGUGGAGUCGGCCAUUCGACAAUGUUACAGGCGAGCUGACCGCAGAAUGGAGAGCUCAGCACUUGCCGCCUCCGCCGGCCGAACCCCCGCCUCCGCUACCCCCGCCUCCCUCAUUGCCACUUCUCCCGCCGUUCUCACCCCCACAUCCACCUCCUUGUGAGGCACUUGCGCCUCACGGACCUUGUGGUUCUGCAUUACCAAGCCGUUCAGGACCGAGCAGCCACGUCGAGGAAGACUCGGAUAUGGAUGUGUCAGACGAUGACUGA